AUGACUCAAAUGCGUGCUGCAAUCUUCAAUGGUCCGUAUUCCAUCGAAACGAUUUCAAAAGAAGUACCUUCUUUAAAACUGCCCACAGAUGCCCUCGUCAAGGUCAAAUAUUCGGGUUUAUGUGGAUCUGACUUACAUUACUACCGAGGCCAUAUUCCACUGGAGAAAGGGACGACUAUGGGCCACGAAUUUGUAGGAACUAUCGUAGAAAAAGGCUCGGAUAUAUUGGAUCUGGAGUUUGAGGUUGGCGACAUUGUUGUUUCUACCUUCACCAUACAGUGUGGUGAAUGUUACUAUUGUAAGCUUGGCAAUUCUGGAACAUGUGAAAAAACGAACACUUUUGGCAAACCGGGGCUUGAAGGUGGUCAAGCAGAGUAUGUGCUCGUUCCAUUCGCAAGAUCUACUCUAUUCAAAUUAGACUCCGAUGCAAUUACAUUCGUAUUGAUGGCUGAUAUAUUUGUGACUGCGUUCUUUGGCGUUCAGAAGAUCCUCAGACAAUUUCGAGGAAUUGCAGAUCCAAGCAACAUCAGUGUCCUCCAGAUCGGUGCUGGACCCGUAGGGCUUUGUUCCGUGCGGAUCCUCAAAUGGUAUGGGUUCUCUAGUAUUGUGGUGGUGGACUCUAUUGAUGACCGGUUGAAACAUGCCAUAAAGCUUGGCGCCACUGCUCUGGUGAAUUUUACUGCAGAGCCCGACAAAUUGACUGCGUUAAUAUCUUCUGAUCUCGAAUCUCGGGGAUUUGACGCAGUUCUCGAGUGUGUAGGUGCCUCUAGCGCUAUGGACACUGCAUUCAAGUCAGUGCGCAAAGGUGGAUUCAUAGCGUCAGUGGGAAUGGGACAUGACCAAUUACCUUUCGAUGCAUUGCAAGCCUAUGUGAAGGGUGUCACAAUCAGUUUUGGAAGAUGCAAUGCGUGGAGUCUUUUCCAGGAUGCUUUGGAUGUGUUCAAGCAAAUCAAAAAUGACUUCAACGACUUCAUUGAAGUUGUCGCACUGAUCGAAGAUGCUAGUGAAUGCUAUAAAAAAUUCGACGAAGGGAAAGUCAAAAAAGUUGUCUUUCAGUUUUGA